AUGGUGCUCUUUUUCACCCUGCUAUACCUGUUUAUUUUAUCAAACACUGAGGCGAAAAAUAAAAGCAAAACAUGUAAUGAUUUUCAAGCCAAUUUUACGAUUAAAGAUGUGAUCGGUCCGUGGAAUGUAGUAGCCAUUAUACCCGAAAAGCUGUUUCCCGACAAUCAGAAAAAAGUUAUUUGCUAUAAAGUGGAAUUCAGUGAAACUGAUACGGCUGGAUUAAGAUGGCUGGUAAACAACACCUCGGAAAACGCAUCGAAAACAGAUAAGAUUAGUGAUAUAAAGGGGACUAUCAUACGACAGAGGUAUCAUUCUGAACGUCCGUUUGAUGUUUGGUCUAGAUCAAUCGAAGGAGUCAAUGGAUGCUUUCAGCAGGUUAUGUCUUUGGAUGCGGAUAAAAGUGAUCUGAGCAAAGCCAUCACCCAUGACGACAUGAUGCAGCUUCAUUUGGUAGAGACAAACGAUAAAAAUGGACCGUUUUUAUUGCAAAUGCUUUGGGGAAAAAUGAUUUCCGUAGUCAUUUACAGACAACGUGAGGGUGUGACCCAAGAUGAAUUGAAGCCUGUAUUUGAGCUGAUGAGCAAACUACGUGGACCGCAGAGAAUACCUAGAAUCUGUGAUCAACCUCAUCGUGAUAUCUUAAAACAUAUCUGA